GUGCAUUUUCUCAACACCACCUGGGCACGACCCGCCAGAGACUGUGACAGGCCGUUCGACCACUCAACAGGGCGCACUUCCUCUACAGUCACUCGCAAUGGCGCUCGCCCGCCUGCUGCCGCCGCUGUGGCAGACGCUGCUGCCCGCCCUCAAUGGCCCAGCCCGGCCCGUCCUGAACCUACCGCUCCUCCAGCGUCUCUCGCAGCCUUUCCGGACGCUGCCCACACCCUUCGCCGCGCUCGCCAUACCUUCUCUCUCGCUGCCAUCGAUACCCUCACUAUCGGACAUAUGGGAAGGCAUUCUCAAGGCGGUGCCGAAGAAGAAGACAUCCUAUCGCAAGAAGCGGCAGCGCUUCAUGGCCGGCAAGGGAUUGAAGGACCUCACGUCAUUGAACCGAUGCUCAGGGUGCGGGAGGAUAAAGCGGGCGCACCUCCUGUGUCCCUACUGUGUUGAUGCGAUCAAAACCAACAUCUUCGGCGAUAAAUGGUGGUCAAUACGGAAGCCCACCAAGAAGCAAGAGAAGCAGUUGGCACGCGAGGCCCGUGACGAGGCGAAGAGGAAGCACAUAUCAGAGCCGGAUCCGAGAGAGGUUAAGCCUAUCUUGACGCAUACCGAGUGGAAGACGCGGUAGUCUGGAAAAGACGGAUUGGAUAAGUUGGACGAUCCUGCACCAUAUCUAAGGGCAUCGGGGUCCUGGGCCAUGGACUGGACAUGGACUACUGUAACAAUAGAGGGCGGAUUAUCGAAAGAAGUGUAUCAUAUCCAUUCAGGCAAAUCUAGUAUGCUGCCAUGCAUAUCGCUCGAAGUGCUCGGAACGCCAAAACGCCCAAUAUCUGCUCCGCCGCAAGCGAACAUCAUGCCUUGCGUCAACCGUUUACCCAUCUCAUGCAACCCAAAAAAAGUAUCCUAUAGAAAUACAAGAAGGUGCUCUC